AUGAAAGAUCCUAAUGCUGUUCCAGGUGAAUAUGUGCUCUUCAAUGACAGAUACUCAAAGCUAAUGAUCCUAGAUUAUCACCCAUCUAAAGAGGAGAGAGAACAUGAAAUUCUUGCUAUAGGAUGGAAACAUGAUAAAAUCAUCAGAAAAAAAGCCGAGUCUUCCACCAGUAUUGAAGCAUUAUUUAACCCUGAUAAAUGUGGAUUAAUUCCACAAGUUGUUGUACUAAAAGGAGCUGCAGGAAUUGGAAAAACCAUAAUGGUCAAAAAAAUCAUGCUUGAUUGGGCUUCUCAAAAACUUUACCAGGACAAAUUUAAUUAUGUUUUCUAUAUUUGCUGUAGAAAGAUGAAUCUCCAUGCAGAGGUAGAGAAGAGUAGCAUUGCAGAGAUAAUUUCAGAAGGAUGGCUCAAGGAGCACAAAUUGAAAAAUGUCAUUCAAAAUAUACUGAAGAAUGAAGAAAAGCUUCUAUUCAUAAUUGAUGGGUUUGAUGAAUUAAAGUAUUCCUUUGAUCAGCCUGAAAAUUACUUUUGCACUGAUCCCUGGAAGAAGGAACCAGUGAGAAUUCUUUUGAACAGCUUAUUUCAAAAAAAGCUUUUUCCUAAAUCCUCUCUUAUAAUCACAACAAGACCAACUGCUUUGAAGAAACUCCAUCAAUGUUUAGAGCGUCCAGGUUAUUUUGAGAUACUGGGAUUUUCUACAAAGGAAAGAGAAGAAUAUUUCUACAAUUUUUUUGAAAAUAAAGACCAAGCAGCUCAAGCUCUCAGAUUUGUUAAACAAAAUGAUACACUUUUCACCAUGUGUAUCAUUCCCCUUGUGAGUUGGAUCAUCUGCACAGUGAUGAAACAGGAGAUGGAGAGAGGCAAAGAUCUUCAGAAGACACCAUACACCCUUACUGCAAUAUAUAUGCUGUAUCUCUCCAGUUUGUUAAAGUUUCACCAUAAAGAAUCCAAACAGGAUGUCCAAACCAAUGUGAAAGGUUUAUGCUCUUUGGCUGCAGAAGGAAUCCGCAAACGGCAAAUACUAUUUAUGGAAGAAGAAGUCAAGAAGCACAUUUUAGAUCAGGGAAACUCCCUCCCCCUUUUUCUGAAUCAGAGCAUCUUCAAAAGGGACAUUGAUUGUAUUCAAACUUACAGCUUUAUUCAUUUAAGCUUCCAGGAGUUUUUUGCUGCUCUGUUUUAUGUCCUAGAAGAAGGAGAUGAGCAGCAUUCUAAAAUUCAGAAUAAAAAUUUGCGGACAUUAUUAGAAACACAUAGAUCUUUUAGGACUGAUAUUGCAGUAGGAUUUCGCUUCCUCUUUGGUUUUUUAAAUGAAGAAAAUAGAAUGAGAGAGUUGAAAAAAGAAUUUGGAUGGGAAAUUUCUCCUAAGAGUAAAGAAUUAGUGCUAGACUGGGUGAAAAAUAAUCUUAAAAAUAGUAGUUAUGGUUUUGAAUUGCUAACAGAAAUAUUUAGUUAUUUAUAUGAGACACAAGAUGACAAUUUUAUAAAAAGAGCACUAUUCGAUAUCACUGAAAUAAGAGAUGAGUGCUACUUUGACAUGGAAUUGAGGAUCCUCAGCUACUGUAUACAACACUGCCAGUGUUUACAGAAACUCUGUGUUAACAGUUUUGAUUUUCCAGAAAAUGAGGAUUGGUGUUUGGAUGAAAGAAAUGUGAAUGACUUCUUUAAAGCACUGACACAACUGAGAAACUUAGAAGAUCUGAGAUGUAAAUCAAACAUUGAUGAAGGGGUGGUCGUGAGCCUUUGUUUCUGCGAAGAGCAGAAUAAAUCCCGGACACGGAGUGUGCUGAGCUACAGGGGGGCUCACACCUUCCACACCCCAGAAUUAUCUCCUGGUUUGGAAAAUUGGUCUUUCAAAGAGUCCCGCAGUAGGCAUCUUGCUGAAGUCUUCAAGAACAACCAGAGAUUGAAAGAGUUACGUUUGUAUUUCAAGGACAUAGAUGACAGAGCAACAGAAUUCCUGUUUGAGGGGCUCCAAGAUCCACACUGCAAAAUUGAAAGACUAGAAGUGCACUGCUCAGCUUCUCUAACUUACCGGGACUGCCUGCCAUUUGUGGAGCAGCAGCAGCCUCAGCUUGAUGGAAAGAUCUCGGCAACAUCCUGCAGUGGGCCUCUUGCAAAAGUAUACAAGACAAACCAGAGAUUAGGAGUGUUAGAGCUGUCCUUCAAAAGCUAUGAUGACAAAACAAUGAAACUUUUGUGUGAUGGUCUCAAUAAUCCAGAGUGUACACUAAAGAAGCUAAAGAUUAAUGGAGAGAUCCUGACUGAAUCCUGCAGCAGGCAUCUUGCAGAAGUACUCAGGAAAAACCAGAGAUUGAGAGAGUUAUACUUGUACAUCAACAACACAGAUAACAAAGCAAUGGAACUAUUGUGUGAUGGGCUCAAACAUCCACAAUGCACAAUAGAGACAUUAGAACUUGCUGGAGGAAUCCGGACUGAAUCUUGCAGCAGGCAUCUUGCAGAAGCACUCAGGAAAAACCAGAGAUUGAGAGAGUUAUACCUGGACAUUGAUAACCCAUAUUACGAAGUAACGGAAGUGUUGUGUGAUGGGCUCAAAUGCACAAUAGAGACCUUAACGUUUCAUAGAGAGCUCGGGUUUGAAUUUUGCAGCUGCGAUAUUGCAAAAGUACUCAUGAAAAACCAGAGAUUAAGAACAUUAUGCUUGUUCCUCAAUGAACUAGAUGAUUAUUCAAUGGAAAAACUGUGUAUGGGCCUCAAACAACCAGAAUGUACAAUAGAGGUCCUAAGGCUUCAUGGAGUGAUAUCGAGUGAAUCCUGCAGCAGGCAUCUUGCAGAAGUAUUCAGGAAAAGCCAUAGAUUGAUAGAGUUAGAGCUGCCCUUCAAAAGCCCUGAUGACAAAACAAUGGAACUAUUAUGUGGUGGGCUGAAUGAUCCAGAAUGUACAAUAAAGAAGCUAAACCAUUUGAACCAUAAAUUCCGUACUGAAUAG